UCGAGGAUUGCAGUUGAGAAAAAAACGCAUUGGAACGCAGAUAAAGAGUGCAUUUAAAGCAUUUUUGUUGGCAUAAAACAGUAAUCCAUUAAAAUUGAAAUAAAAGUGAUUAAAUGCUUGGGUAUUGAGACGGGGAAAGUCAUGCAAGUAAAAAGAGAGAAGCUCCUGAUCGCUUCGGUGGCCGCGAUGGUGUUUGGAUUGCUUUUCGGUUGGGUCGGUUUCCCGAAAAUACUCAAGGCAAUGAUUAAAAAGCAAGUUUCUCUUAAACCCGGCACUGAGGUACGUGAUUUUUGGAUUGAAACACCAUUUCCGCUACACUUCUAUAUUUACGUUUUCAACAUCACCAAUCCGGACGAGGUGAUCAAUGGUGGCAAACCGAAUUUGCAAGAAAUCGGUCCCUUUGUUUUCGACGAAUGGAAGGAUAAAUACGAUUUGGUGGACGAUGCAGUGGAAGAUUCCAUUUCCUUCAAUAUGCGCAACACAUUUUAUUUCAAUGCUAAGGAUUCGAAUGGCUUAACAGGAGAAGAGCUAAUAACGAUUGCACAUCCGCUGGUUGUGCCCAUCUCUGUUGUUGUGAAACGCGAACGUGCCGCUAUGUUGGACCUAGUCGCCAAAGCCAUGAAUAUUGUAUUUGCUGGGCAGAAAGCGAUUAUAACAGCCAAAUUUAUGGAUCUGUUCUUUCGCGGAAUUUACGUUGACUGUUCGGCGGAAGAAUUUGCCGCUAAAGCGCUUUGCACGGCAUUCUAUACGGGCGAGGUGAAGCAGGCCAGACAAAUAAACUCAACGCAUUUCCUAUUCUCUUUCAUGGCAAAUAGCAAUCACAGUGACGGCGGUCGCUUUACGGUCUGUCGCGGCGUAAAGAAUUACCGCAAGCUUGGUAAAGUCAUACGUUUUGCUGAUGAGCCUACAUUGGAUAUCUGGGCGGGCGAUGAGUGCAAUGAGUUUAUCGGCACCGAUUCUACGAUUUUUGCGCCUUUCAUGACCAAAGAGCAGGGUCUGUGGGCCUUUACGCCGGAUGUGUGCCGGUCGUUUGGCGCAAUCUAUAAGCGGAAGUCAUCCUAUCACGGCAUGCCGGCAUCGCAUUAUAAAAUGGAUUUGGGCGACAUCAGAGCCGAUCCCAGCUUGCAUUGCUUCUGUGACGAUCCUGAAGAUAUCGAAACGUGUCCGCUUAAAGGCACUAUGAAUUUGGAGCCCUGCGUUGGCGGACCGAUUAUUGCUUCAAUGCCGCAUUUUUACAACGCGGAUCCUAGCCUGCUGGAGCAGGUGAAUGGGUUGAGUCCGAAUGAGGAGGAUCAUGCGGUCUUCAUUGAUUUCGAACUGACCUCCGGCACGCCAUUUCGUGCUGCCAAACGCUUGCAAUUCAAUUUAGAUAUGGAGCCGGUUGAGAAAAUCGAACCUGUCAAGAAUUUGCGCAAGAUGGUCUUACCAUUAUUUUGGAUUGAGGAAGGCGUGGCUUUGAAUAAGACUUUCACCAAUAUGCUAAAAUAUACGCUAUUUUUGGGCCUCAAAUUCAAUUCUGCUUUGCGUUGGACACUCAUCACAUUGGCUUUGGUCGGCUUCAUGUCCACCAGUUAUUUGUAUUAUAAGAAAAGUGACAGCUUGGAUAUCACAGUGCCACCGAAAGCGAUCACCGAGCCUAAUAAUAAGGUCGAAGAUGUCAAGCCGCCAGCAGAUAAACUGCCGGCGACAUCUAUCACGCGAGCUGAUCUCUCGAACCGCCGUAUUCCGGUGGAUAGAUUUUAGGUUAAAAAAUUGAUAUUUUAGUAUAGAUGUUGUUUAGAUCAACGCACAGCACCGCUACUAGGGAUCAUAUUUUUUUCGUGAUCCUUAUACAUACAUACUUGCUGACAGAAAAAAGCACCUACACGUAGAUAUGUACACACACUGAAAUAAAAUAUUUUACAAAACCAAAAGUGCAGCUAAAUAAACUAG